AUGGGCGAGACAGUCACAAAACGCCUGCAUAUUGGCGGAAUCACGCCCUCGAUUACGGCAGACCACCUGCGUGACCGCUUUCGCAGCUUUGGCACCGUCCAGGAGGUUGAGGAGAUGGGUAUCGAUGCCCUCGGUCAGCAUCGGCCGUUUGCUUUCCUUACCAUUGAGACCACUCCGGCUCAGCUGAGGAAGUGCUUGAACAUCAUGUCCGGCGCCAUGUGGCGCGGUGCCCAGCUCCGUUUGGCAGAGGCCAAGCCUCGUUACGAUGCAAAGCUUGUUGCCGACCGCAACGCUCCGGCCGGCGACGCCGCCCGCCGCACAAGCAGGCGUCUCCGCCGCGCCGUCGUUCUUAACGGCGGCUGCAAGGAGGCUCAGGACAUGAGCCUCGUUACCACCAAGAACUUUACCCACCGCACAUUCUGGGUCAACGACAACGGCCACCUGAUCCGUCCCAUGUCCAUGCGCCCGACCCACCCCAUCCCCGCACCUCUCGAUGCCGUCCGCAACUCUUCAGCUCGUCCUCCUGUCCGUGCACACCGCCGCGUGAUCGACCCACGCCGAUGGGCGCGUGAACACCUCAUUCUGAACGGCGAGGUGACACCCGCAAGCGAGGUUCCCGAGUGGGAGUUUGAGGAUGCCGACGAGGCCGAGGAUGCCGACGAGGAAGGCCGCGUGCUUCUUGGAUGGUGGCGCAGGGGCGACGAGGAGACUGCCGUGUGGGCCCGUAGGCCCCGCGUCGGCGACGAGGAGGACGCGUACGAGUUUGAGUUUGGCAGUGAGGCUGGCCAGUCUGAUUCUUCGGACCUCUUCCCAGCUCGCGAGGGAUCGCCUCUGUUCCCCACUCGCGCCGACUCUCCUCUGUUCCCUGCCCGUGCCGACUCGCCACUGUUCCCCGUUCGUGAGGGUACCGAGGCCGAGGACAGCUCUCCUCUGUUCCCCGUCCGCAAGGAGCUGCCGGAGGAGAGCGCCAGUGACUCUGAUGUGGCCGCCAGCGCCGAAUCACCUCUCUUCCCUGUCCGCAAGGAGCUGGAGGAGGAGAGCGAUGAUGCCGACGCCUCAGUUCCGUCCAAGUCGCCCAGCCCAUCGCCCGUCUCCACCGCACCAGUCGCUGCCGCUGCCUCUCUCAAGCGUGCGCGCGCCGCCGAGGACAGCGACAGCGACGACACUGCUCCUGUUGUCCCCGCCGUUCCCGAGAAGAUCCGUGCCAUCGGUGCCGCAGAGCGCUCGGGUGCGCUGAACGUCAUCUCGUCACUCCUGGACGUCAAGGCCGACAAGGCUCCCGCCCCCGUCGUCAAGCACUCGUGGACCGGCUACGCCGAGUCGGACUCUGACGACGACCUCGACUACUCGGCCCUCAAGCCCCAGACUGCCGCCGAUGACGACGACUUUGAGGUUGUUGUUGCGCGGGCUUCUGCUCCUAGCCCCGAGGUGGCCCCCGCGUACGCGAGGUCUAGGUCAAGCGUGCAGCAGACCAUGGAUUUCGACAAGUUUCCCACCGCAAAGCAUGUUGGCGUCAACCUCCCGGACAUGGACUCUGACUCGGACUCGGACGACGGCGACGACUCGUUCAUGAGGGGCCGUCCGCAGGUCGGUGGUGGUCCUAUCCCCGACGAGUCAGAGGACUCGGGAUCGGACUCGGACUCGGACUCGGACUCGGACUCGUCCAGCUCAUCCGGAUCUUCUAGCUCGGGCUCAUCAGACUCUUCGGACAGUGAAGAGGAGAGCAAGAAGGAGAACGACAAGGCCAAGAACGACAAGAAGGAAGAGUCCAGCGAUGACUCGAGCGACGACUCGUCCAGUGGCUCGGGAUCAGAUUCAGACUCUGACUCGUCGGACUCUGACUCGGACUCUUCAGACUCAGACUCUUCAGACUCGGGCUCUGAGGAAUCCGACGACGAGGACAUCAAGCAGUCUGGCCCCGCAGCUGCUGUCCCUGGCAAGCUGAAGGCCAUGUUCGCCCCCGCAGCUGCCAAGACAUCCUCGUUCUCGCUCAUGGGCACACUGGCUCCGGACCUUGAGAUUGACGAAACCAUCGACGUUCCCCUGCCGACUUCCAAGAACGCCCCCGAACUCGAGGUGCUCGCCGCUGUCCAGCGCAGCACGUUCGACCCCGACACCAACAUCCCCCUCUUCUUCCCCCUGCCCGUCCGCCCUGUGAAGCGCGGCGAGGCGCGCAGUCUUCUCGCUCCCGAGCCAGAGCCCGAGGCCGACGGUGAGGGCGAGGGUCACGAUGAGGGUUACGGCGGCGACCAGCAAGGCGGCCAUGAUGCGUACGGCGCUGCCAGCAACCCCUACGAGAACGCCAACUCGUACGACGUGGGCAGUGCCGGCCCUUCGCGCUGGGGUGGCGCGGCCGCUCCAGGCCGUUGGGGCCAGGACACGCGUACUGCCCAGCCUGUUGCUGCCGCACCGGUGGCGACCAAGAAGCGUGCUGGAUUCUACGAGGCCGAAACCGACGAGGACAUGAAGAAGCGCUGGGAGGCUCGUCGUCUGGAGCUUACCCAGGGCUGGAAGAGGAAGCACCGCGAGGCCGUUAAGCACAGGAGGAGGAGGGGUGGACAGGAUGCCGAAUGA